AUGAACAUUUGGAUGGAGGCUACAGCUCACAGACCGACUGUCCAGAUUUAUUUAUCCCAGAUUUCACGCGAGCUAGGACUUUCAUCGAAAGUGAUCGCUGGCCCGGCGACGAAGAAUUUACAUUGACUCUUACGGAUGAAUCGGGCAAAAGGGCAUGUGAAAUGAUGUUUCAAGGCGUCAAUAUUUUCGAAGCAGAUUGUCGAGGGAGACAACAUUUCGUCGUAAACUACAUCCAUCCAAUCCUUCCUUCACAGCUACCUCAUUUUCACUCUCAGUAUAUCGGCACUCCAUCUUACUUUCCUAUCAGAAGCGACUUUUUCGAUGAAUCUAUAGGUGAAAAUAGUAUAAAGCAAGAUGUGGCGGCAAUGUUGAUUUGGAUACUACUGAUUAAUGGGUGUUUAUGCGCAAUUGUUAAUUGUGUGGAUUUGCAUAUUGGAGGCGUUUUUCCGAUGGAAGCAGGUUCGGGUGGUUGGGCAGGUGGUGAAGCAUGUCUACCAGCUGUCCAGAUCGCCCUUCAGGAUGUGAAUGCCAAUACCAAUAUUUUACCGGGUUAUAUGUUGAAGUUGCAUUAUCAUAAUAGUAAGUGCCAACCGGGUUUAGCAGCAAAGCAAAUGUACGAAUUGUUAUAUAAGGCUCCGACAAAGUUGAUGUUACUAGCUGGUUGUAGCCCGGUGACAACUGUUUUUGCAGAAGCGGCUCCAGUCUGGAAUCUCGUUGUGCUUUCUUAUGGUGGCAGUUCUCCAGCGCUCUCCAACAGGCAUCGCUUUCCUACACUUUUUAGAACUCAUCCCACUGCAAAUAUGCAAAAUCCAACAAGGCUAAAACUCUUUCAAAAAUUUAAGUGGAAGAAAAUAACGAUUUUGCAAUCAGUUGAAGAAGUAUUCACGUCAACAGCUAAGGAUCUUGAAGAGGAAUGCAGGGAGAAGGGUAUUCGAGUUGAACGGCAAAGCUUUUAUGGUGAUCCAUCUGAUGCUGUAAAAACAUUGGUACGCCAGGAUGCUCGGAUUAUUGUUGGUCUCUUUUACGUUACUGAGGCUCGUCGUGUACUUUGUCAGGCCUAUAAACAUGAUCUCUAUGGUAGAAAAUAUGUAUGGUUUUUCAUUGGUUGGUAUGCUGAUACGUGGUUCAUUCCACCAACUGAUGAGCCACUUAAUUGCACUGCUGAACAAAUGAUCAAAGCAGCACAAUAUCACAUUACAACGGAAAGUAUAAUGUUAAGUAGAGACGAAGAACUGACAAUUUCUGGAAUGACUGGUAAGCAGUUCCAGAAACGACUAAAGAGUAUGCUGAGUACUGAUCCAGCUGAAACUGGUGGUUUUCCAGAAGCUCCUCUAGCCUAUGACGCUGUAUGGGCAGUUGCACUGGCUUUCAAUUGCACAUUAUCAAAACUUCAAGCAGGACAAAGUCUUGAGAAUUUCACUUAUAACAAUACAAGCAUUGCAGAAAAAUUAUUCAGUUGCGUUAAAGGCACACAAUUUCGGGGUGUUUCAGGCCAGGUUAUGUUUAACGAUCUUGGCGACCGCAUCGCACGAACACAGAUCGAACAGCUGCAAGAUGGGAAAUAUCAAAUGCUGGGUAUUUACGAUACAACGACACUUCAUCUGGACUGGUAUGGUAAGGAAAAAUUUUCAACAGUGAAUGGAUUACCUCCUCCAGAUUCGACUCUUAUACAAGAAUGGCUUCUUACUGUUGAUUUAGAGUCGCAAAUAUCACUUUUAAUGGUUGGUUUCACAUUUGCUUAUGGGUCGAUGUUUGCCAAAGUCUGGGUUGUUCAUCGGUUAGGCGCAGCAGAGAAUCAGCAUCUUAUUUCCAGGACAACUACUGGCCAGCCAGUACCUGCAUGCAAAUUCUACCUCGUGGUUAUUACGUUUUUUGUGAUUGAUGUAAUCAUAAUAACUUGUUGGUUUACACUUGACCCAAUCCAAAGGGUUGAGAAACGGUUUCCAUUACAAGAACCACCUAUGGGAACUGAAGAAGACAUUAUGCUUCUACCAAUCCUUGAACUCUGUCAAAGUAAACGACAAGAAAUGUGGACAGGUUUGGUAAUGGGCUAUAAAUGCUUACUGUUGAUACUUGGUCUUUUCCUUGCAUAUGAAACGCGUAAUUUAAAACCUCUUUUUGUGAACGAUUUACGCUUCGUUGGUUUGGCUAUAUAUAACGUUGCCGUAUUAUCUCUAAUAACUGGACCAAUUGUCACUUUCCUUAUUCGAUCUCAGUCCGAUGCCAAUUUUGCAUUUACCAGCAUUACUGUUUUGUUGAGUACAUAUAUAACGCUUGGUCUAAUAUUUUUGCCAAAAAUUGUUCAUAUACGUCGAACACCUAAAAGUGGUGAGAAAAAUGAUGGUAGUAAACCACUGUAUCAUCCAGAUGUUGCCGGAAUAGAGCAUAAACGAUGUCAACAACUUGUUCAUGAGAAUGCUGAUCUGAAGUGUCAAAUAGAGCAUAAGGAAAAAAAAAUCGCGGAUUAUCGGCGACGUUUGGGGAAACAUAUUCAAGAAACCACUGGUAUUCCACUUCGUGAAAAUAUAUGUGGCAGCACUAGCGAUGAAAAUAUAACACAUUCAUUUCCAACUGCGCUAACAACAACUGCCUUGAUCGAAAAUUUGCCGAGCGAAUAUACGGGUAAUUUUUCGCGUCAGUAA